AAAAUGAAUUUUAUUUUAAAAUCACAUCUUGAUUGGAUCACAAACUCAUAUGCACUAAAAUACAUCCUAAUUAGUUGGACAAGAAAACAAAAAUAUAUUCUUCAAAUGACAAAAAUUAUUUCAUUGUAAACUCACAUCCGAAUUCAAUGAAUGACUAAAAACAUUAAAGUUGUCACAUUUUGUUUCCUUUUUUUGACCCAAAAAAAAAAAAAACUAAAUAAUACAAGAUGGCCAAAUAAAACAUGCAAAAAAGUAAAACUAGAACUCUAAAGUUUGAAAAAACAAGGUUAGUCUUUUACUUAAUCCGAUUGGUUGGAAAGUGCAUGAUAGACCGUUAUUUGAGGUACAUUCUAAGCCUAACAACCUCAAUUUUUCCUCGAAGCAAAUUUCCUAUGUAUAGGCAGAUGAAUUCCACCACCCAAAACUUUGAAAACCUUUUUGCGUUUCAAACCAAAGCCAUCUUUCUCUCAUCUCCUUCCUCACACAAAAGAAAACACACACACAGAAACACAUAGAGAGAGAGAGAGAAGAGGUCAUGAUCUCGGCACGGUUUGUCCCACCAAGGUCAUGAUCUUCCAUCUCAUCACCGGCCUCUGAAAAAAAACACACAAAAACACGCAAACACAUAAACAGUUAAAGAAAAAAAAAAGAAAAGUAAGUUCAUCAUCAACCAUUUCUUUCUAGGCAAACAAAACAAUGGCAAAGCGCUCAUUCACGCGUUUCGUCGAACAGGAGCUGGGCAAGUUCCCACAUUUCAUAAUCUACGCCGUCCUCGAAUGGGUGUUGAUAUUUUUCCUUUUCAUCGAUGGGUUCAUCGCGUUUUUUACCAACGAGUUCGCCAAGUUCUUCGAUUUGCGAACGCCAUGCUUGCUCUGCACAAGGAUCGAUCACGUACUCGUACACAGAAACCCAGAUUUCUACUACAACGACUCCAUUUGCGAAUCCCACAAGAAAGACGUUUCCUCACUGGCCUAUUGCCACAACCACAAGAAGCUCUCCGACAUCCGCAAAAUGUGCGAAUCUUGUCUCCUAUCUUUCGCAACAGAGAAAGAAUCCGACUGCGAUACGUACAAAUCUUUAAUUGGGAUUCUGCAUAAGGAUCUGGAUUGCUUUCUCGGCGAAGAUCAAGUUCAACUGAGCUUGUCGGCUACGAAAGAUGAAGGAUUGCAAGUGAUGGAGAAAAGCGACAGCAAGUAUCGGUGCGCGUGCUGUGGGAAUUCACUGAAGAUGAAAUCUUCUUCUUCUUCUUCUUCUUCGAACAAUAAAGGAGGAAGACAUGCGAGCUUGAUUUCGCAAGGUCCGACUCCUUCGCCGAGGGCUCCGUUUGUGAAUUCCAGAGGACAUGACCAUCGUGGUUUGGAAUUGCCACAUAUUCGAUACACUGAGCUCAAGUUCAUCUCGGAUAAUGAAUCGGAGCUUCCCGAGGAUGACGAUGCUUCUCAGUGUUCAAUGUCCGAUGCUCAAUUAUUUAAGGAAGAUGUCAAAGCUGCCUCUGUGCCAUUAUUGACAGAACCUGAUUAUAUGAAUGAAGAUGCUACAAGGACCCCAAGUUUCAUAAGAGGAAAUAAGUUUUUUGGAAUCCCACUUACAGAUUCAGCUUCAAACAGUCCUAGAAUCGGUCUGAGAAGUUUUAGGAAAUCACCAUUAGAAAAAACAGAGUUCGCUUCCGAAUCAAUGAUGGAGAGCAAUUCUAUGAAUGAAGAUGGUGACUCCAUUUUGCACCAUUUGAAGAGACAGGUUCGGUUGGAUAGGAAAUCACUCAUGGCACUGUAUAUGGAACUGGAUGAAGAAAGAAGUGCUUCAGCUGUUGCAGCUAACAACGCCAUGGCCAUGAUCACUCGUUUACAGGCAGAGAAAGCGGCGGUUCAGAUGGAAGCAUUACAAUAUCAGAGAAUGAUGGAGGAACAAGCAGAGUAUGACCAAGAAGCCCUUCAAGCUACCAACGACAUGCUUGUCAAAAGAGAGGAAGAUUUGAAGGCUUUGCAUGCUGAAGUAGAGGCUUACAGAGAAAAAUAUGGGAUGUUGAAAGAAGAAGAUUUCAAAAGAAGACAAGAUGAAGUUGAUGAAGAAUACCAACAAUUCAAAUCACAUCCUUAUUCAUUUGAAAGUAGCAUCACCUCUCCUGUUGGCUCCAAUGGAGAAGAGGCUAAUGGAGAAUUCUCGCACAAAUCCGAACGAGCUAUAUCAUUAUCAUCACAAGGAGACAAUGUGAGAGGAAACCACAAUGAAUCUUUGAAAGACUUUAAAGAGGAGAAAACUUACCUUCUAGGUCGAAAAAAGCUGGAGAAGAGAAGUCACAUAACUGACACUGGAGGCUCUUCUUCCCCGUCUGCCUCCGACGGAGUUGAUAAUAUAGAUGAUGACCCAGGAUACGAAGGUAAAUCCGCAUUGUCCACAGAGUUGUCUCAUAUUAGCGAGAAGGUGAAGGCUCUUGAAGCAGCAGGUGGAUCCUUAGACAGAGCUGCUGAGAAGCUGGAGAAACAUAGUGAAGGAAAGAAACUUUUGACAGAAGUUUCUCAAAGUCUAACAAGGCUUCGGCACGUCAUGACAAUGCUCUCUGAUCACAAUGACGACGAAUGAAAUUGCAGUCCUAAUAGCUCUACUGUUGAUAUUGCAGUGCCAUUGAGAAAAGAUGCAGCAGCUUCCUUGACAAAGGAUGUGAGCGGAAGAAAUUGUUUCUCAUCAAGAGUUAUGGAUGAUAAUACUUUAUAUUAUGACAGGGCUGCUUGUACAGAUGCCUUUUUAAAUGCUUUAGAAGCUCCAGCAGGUUUGGUUCUGUGGUGUUUUUUGAGAGGUUGGAUGAUCCACGUUACAGUUUUUUCGAUUGUAAUAAUUUUCUUUUUUUCUUUAAUGCAAAUUUUCACUAAUUGAUUACAAAAAGAGAAAGUAGAGUAGAUUGUUGUACAUAAUUCAACAACACUGAGGCUUGAGCUCAUCAUGUGCGAACAUAAAACAAAUUAAGGUUUACAUAUUAAUUGGACAGCAAUUCAAUAAGUGAAAGAUGAUCAAAUAUACAACAAUUGGAAAAAAACAAAUAAACAAAAUUAGAAGAUUUUAAUUUUCAUUACUUGGUCAAAAAGAUUGCAAGGACAAUGCAUAAUUUUAAAAAAAAAUUAAUUUCUUUCUCUGAGUGGAUUAUAAGGGUGGGCUCAAAAAAGGUGGGUUUAAACACAAUAAUUUCAAUGUAAAUGCAAUUCUAUUUCAGUUCAGACUUCACAGUAACAGGCUGAAAACCAUUAUCAACCUGUGAACAAUGCAGUCUUAUCUAAAAAUAAUCCGUUCAAAGCCCCAAGACUAUAACUGAUCAUAAUACAAGAACCAAGCAACCAUUAGUGGAAAACAAGAUCAGUCUCGAUGCGUGGACAUUCUCACUCAAGACCUCUCUGAGACAAUAUAAAUGUGAAAGAACUUUUGAGCAUUGCUCA